AUGCGCGGAUCCUCCCGUGGUCCCUCCUGUUCUGCCGCCCCACCGGGCAGUGCUGGGGACCAGGGGCAGCAGCGACAGCGUCCUCUCCUUCCGCCGGUCGUGCCCCGGGUGCAUCGGUUUCCCCGCCGCUCUCCUCCCGGAAUUCCGGACGAUGCUCCUGACCCGCCGGAGGAGUGGUGGCUAGAGCGGGAUACUUGGACCGCCCCUGCUCAGCCCGGGUUUUUGUUGGGGCGGUGGGCCACAGACACCCCGAUAGUGGCGGACAUUGUCCGGUGGGAGCGGCGCUUGUCAGACGUUGGGGAGUGUCUCUCACUCCUCGCGAUGGUGCUUGACCAACUGGAUGCUGGCCUGCAGAGCAGGCCUGAUGUUGCGCGCAAUCCCCAGCUCGAUGAGGAGCAGCAGGGCGUGGUUCGUGCUGUUGCCGCCCAGUGCCUGUGGACCCUGCUCCACCUGCCGUUGGAGAGUGAGGCCCCCGCCGAGAAUGAGGGCCCGGGUGCGACGCAUUUGUGGAGGGUAGCCAUGGCAGCUGAAGAGGCACCCCUCGGGCUCGUGCCUGCGCUCGCAUCAGUGCUCCAGUGGCUGCGGUGGCGCAUUUACCUUCUGAACAGGGUGUAG